AGAUGGGAGAGAGAGGUAGCAAGGAGGGGGCAGCAGGACUGAGAGAACAGGGUGUCGCCGCCUUGGAGACAGAGAGCAUCUUUACCUCGCUGGCUCUGCCGCUGAUUCUGAAUUAUUGAAUCGGACCUGAAUUAGUCAGGAGAAUCAAAGUCGACGGACAACCUGAACCGCCAGCAUCCGGUGUGAACCAGCAUCAUCCAGAACCUUCCGACGGAGAAACCGCUCUGCUGUUACAGCACCAGGGACAGCAACCAUGGCUCCAAUGACGGAGGAUGGGGCUCAGCUGGUGGCAACCCCAGUGAGCGUCGCAGUGGUGAGCGUCUUUGGGCUUGUCUUCACCGUCUCAGCAUUCGCCUGGAUCUGCUGCCAACGUAAGAACAGCAAAUCCCAGAAGACGCCCUCAUACAAGUUCGUCCACAUGCUGAAAGGUGUUGACAUCUACCCGGAGAGCCUGAGCAGCAAGAAGAAGUUUGCCGCUGCGGCGAUGGCGGGCGGCAACACCUGCAAAACUGAUGUCAAUGGCAACUGUCACAUGGCCAUGAAUCUGACCGGAAAUGGACAGCUGGCAUCGAGUCCAAACGAAUCCAGAGCUGCGCUGCAUCUUGAUCUUGAGAAACGGGAUCUGAACGGAAACUUCACUACCAAGCCUUUUCACCACCAUCACCAGAAGGUCCGCAGCUCUCCUGAGCUAGAGCUGCCAUCUCCACACGCUGGAUUCACACAACCUGGAGUGAUGGAUUGCCGGGAGCUUGCAUCACCCAGCAGCGCCCUCUCCAGCCAGGCACCAACCCCUGCCGUGGAGAAGCCCCAGGGAGAGGAGCUCCCGGCAAGACUUGGGACCCUGCACUUCGCUCUGGAAUACCAACCGGAGAAAAAGGCCUUUAUCGUUCACAUUAAGGAAGCCCACGGUUUGAGCCCCACGGAUGACCAGUCCCUGACGUCUGACCCUUACAUCAAGCUGACCCUGCUGCCAGAGAAGAAGCACCGCGUCAAGACAAGGGUCCUGAGGAAGACUCUGGACCCCACGUUUGAUGAGACCUUCAGCUUCUACGGGCUUCCUCUGAGCCGUGUUUCAGAGCUGGCGCUUCACUUCAUGGUGCUCAGCUUCGAUCGGUUCUCCCGCGACGAGGUCAUCGGGGAGACGCUGGUGCCGCUGUCCGGAAUUGACCUGACCGAGGGCCGUGUUAUGAUGAGCAGGGAGAUCAUCAAGAAGAACGUGAAGAGUUCUUCGGGUCGCGGCGAGCUGCUUCUGUCUCUGUGCUACCAGUCAACCAGCAACACUCUGACGGUGGUCGUGCUCAAAGCCCGUCAUCUUCCCAAGACAGACAACACUGGACCCACAGACCCAUUCGUGAAAGUGAACCUGUACCACGGCAAGAAGCGGGUGUGCAAGAAAAAGACCCAUGUGAAGAAGAGCGCGCCCAACCCUGUCUUCAAUGAGCUCUUCGCAUUCGACCUUCCCUCCGAUGAAGGCCUGAGGGACACCAGCGUGGAGCUGCUGCUGAUGGACUCACCCAACACCGUGCUUGGGCGUUUGCUCAUGGGCACAUCAGCGGCAGGCACCGCUGGUGAACACUGGCGGGAGAUCUGUGACCAUCCGCGUCGUCAAAUAGCCAAGUGGCAUGCUAUGUCGGAGGACUGAGGCGCCCGGCCUUGAGUUUAUUCUGUCUGGAGUUCCUGGAGGGCGGGGCCUCCUGACCUGCUGGCUUGUGGCCAUUGGACUUAGGUGAGAGUGCGCAGAGACUUUAAUGUUCCGUUCAGUGAUGUCCACCAAACAAUCAGUCAUUUCUAUAUUCAAAGUUGUUGGGCUCAGCGUGUUGGGUGUUUGAGUGUGUAUGUUCGCGAGCGAGGGAGAAAGAACCAAAUAGCUUAAGGGGAUCCUAAAGACCCACCUGGUAACAAUCUUUUGCGCUGACUCGGCCACAGCCUACUGACGCAGUAACAGCAGACUUUCUUGGUGUUUCUCCGCUCUUCCAUCCUGGAAACUUUGUGUGACACCUGUGCAUCACAAAAGUAAAAGCAUCUUUAUUUUGUACCUAAUUUAGGUCCUACAUCUUCCGGUAUGUAUGUUUUUUGCUUUUCAGGUAGAAUCAUUUGACUUGUUUUCUACAUGAUGACGGAAAUGUCCAGGUCCAACAGGAAAUGAAUUAGGGGAAGUGCGUGUGCCGGUGUGCAUAUGCCUGUCUGAACGUGUGUGUGUGUGAGCGCGUGCGUCAGAGAGCUAUAAUGUUUACUGAAAGUGUUCAGACGUUGAGCACAAAGACAGAUGAAAUGUAAAUGUAGUGAUACAAAAUAUAAAACGU